UUUCAGCACGGAAAAUCGGGUUGACAUUUGAUGCAAGUCGCUUUCCGUUCCGCUUUUCAGACGAAAGCGAUCUCACUAUGAGCAGCGUGCUGUGAGAAAAAAGGAAGGGGAAAAUCAGUGCAAUCAUCGUCAUGGUAGUCAUGGCGAAAAAAAAGGUAUUCCCCUUUUUCACUUUUUCCACCGUUACCAUCCCUAGUACACUCUGACUCUUCCUUUCUAUUCAGUUCAUCUGUUGACUUGUUGUACUGCCGUGGUUGGAUUUGAUCCGCAGUACAUCAAGUCAGAACAUCUCAAUUAAACAUGUAAACCAUUGAAGGCUUCGAAAUUUGGGUCGUUGGAAAGGCACUAGUAGACGCAUCGAACCUUGGAGCAGAAAUAGAUCCGCGCACAAGUGAAAAUAUUGACGAUGAUAUCUGUUAUAUCUGAGCUACACUUCUGGCAGCACUGGAGCUGUCAUACGCUAUUCCCCAUACACACCGUGGUAUGAACAACUACCUUCCAUACACACCGUGGUAUGAAUAGCUAGAUUCUAUAUACACUGCGAUCGCUUCCGCUACCGUUCUACGACACUUGAAGAAGAGAAGCCGAACUACAAGCACUACAGGACUACAAAUAUAUUUAGAUAGAGAUAAAACAGUUCGGUUGUACAAUUUACUUAAUUACGGUUCCGCCCCAUCUACAACAAUUUGGCGACGAGAAGUACGAAGCUACGUGAAUGUGCUAGGCGCAAUACAUAUACAAACAAGUUGCUGCAUCGUGAAUUUGGCUGUCUACUGCGUAAUUUUACAUCACAAUGGCGCUUCCUAACCCGGUUGUCGACGAUCCGGCAGUCGCCAGUCCCGCUUUGCCUGCUGUGAGUGGUGCUGCGGUACCAGUUACAUUUCAUUUCGAGCCAUUCAAUCCUGCUUCAUCGAAAUUUGACCGAUGGUUAAAUCGACUACAAAUUUCAUUCCGGAUUUACCACGUGCGUGAAGCCGAUAAACGCGAUUUUCUGCUACACUACAUGGGCGGCCCUACAUACGAUGUGCUGUGCAAUAAGCUGAAAAAUGCUGAGCCACAUACAAAAACGUACGACGAGAUUGUAGCUCUACUGAAGGAACAUUACAGUCCUACUCCUUUGGAAAUACUGGAGAAUUUCAAGUUCGCGAGCCGUAAACAGCUAGAGCAAGAAACUCUAAGCGAUUACCUGAUGCAUUUGGAGAAGCUCGCCCAAACAUGCAAUUUCGGGGACUACAUGGACAAGGCCCUCCGGAACCAGUUCGUUUUUGGCAUCCAGAACCGUGUGAUACAGUCUCGAUUGCUGGAAGUGCGCGACUUAACCUUGACAAAGGCAAAGGAGAUCGCAUUCGGAAUGGAAAUGUCUCAUCGUGGAACCGAUGAAAUGCACAACUCACGUCAAAAAAGUGAGGUUCAGCACAUCGAGCAUGGAGCAAACAAAACUAAAAAAAGUUUCCAGUCAUCGAGCCAAGCCAGUUCCAGUCAAAGUUCCGGUCGCCUGUCGAACAAGCAGAAUGGUGGAAAUAAACGAUGUUAUCGUUGCGGGGAUCCUGACCACUACGCAGACAAAUGCAAACAUAAAGCUACGAUCUGCAAAUACUGCAAGAAAGCGGGGCAUCUUGAGAGGAUGUGUCUCACCAAGACCAACGAGAAGGGGACGGAUGACGCACAUCACCUGGAGGAGCAGCCGUGUGUUAUGAAGGAUGUGUUACACCUGAACGCGAUCCAAGGUAUUGCUGGGUCAGCGGACUUGCCGGUGGACCAAAGGUUGCGUCGUUCUCUGCGGACCAUCAAGCCUCCGCAAAGGCUCAACCUAUAACAACGAAUUCUAUUUUGCGCGGAAGAGCUGUUAUAUCUGAGCUACACUUCUGGCAGCACUGGAGCUGUCAUACGCUAUUCCCCAUACACACCGUGGUAUGAACAACUACCUUCCAUACACACCGUGGUAUGAAUAGCUAGAUUCUAUAUACACUGCGAUCGCUUCCGCUACCGUUCUACGACACUUGAAGAAGAGAAGCCGAACUACAAGCACUACAGGACUACAAAUAUAUUUAGAUAGAGAUAAAACAGUUCGGUUGUACAAUUUACUUAAUUACGGUUCCGCCCCAUCUACAACAAUAUCGUGUUGCCGUUGAUGAUUGCAUGGUGUUCAAGAAACAACAAGGAAUGAUGAAGAGCAAACGAUGGAGAGUGCAAGUAAUGAAUUUUGUUUUCGUGAAUUGUGGAAACUAAAUUUGAUUCUUUUUUAAUGGAAGCUGCUGAUUUAGGAUCCAAGCUAGACAAAGAAAAAGGAUUUGAAGAAAAUUUGGGAAAAUAGAAUGUAUAAAUCCUCCAAGUGCAAAUUAUGACUAAAGCAAUUUCAAUAUGACUAGCAGUGGAAAAGCGGUGUACGCUCUCUAAGCAUGGAUGAAUUUGAAAAUAACGGAGGAUGUAAGAACACUGCAAAACAGCACAUGUCAAUCAAUUUACACUACAAACCAUUAAAAGCACGUGAUUUUAUUCAGCUUUUUUAGGGUUCUUUGCCACGUGUAAUUUUCAAGCUUAUAAGGCAGGCUUUUAGGCUUUAGGCCUUUCUGUGAUUCAUAGGAAUAUUUUAGAAUUGUGCAUGCAGGUCAAAACUACAAAAUACAUCACGAAUCAAUACAAUUAUAUUAUUUUUUAAAGUAAUUGA